AUGGCGACUUCGAGCUUGCUUUUAACGACCCCAUUCGACAGACUCAUUUCUCACGCCGAGUACAAUCGCCAUAUCAAGACGAUAGAGGAUUUCGUCACACCUUUCAUCCACCGUACCCUGGCUAUACCACCUGACGAGCUCGAAAAGCUCACCAAAUCGGAUACCAAUUUCACCUUCCUGCACAAUCUAGCACGAUUCACCCAAGACCCCAAGGUCAUCCGAGACCAGCUGAUAGCGGUCCUUCUAGCGGGACGGGACACCACGGCGGCCACGCUCUCGUGGGCUUUCUACGAACUCGCAGUGUGUCCCGACAAGGUCGAGAGACUUCGUGCCGAAGUGCUCGAGGCCGUAGGCAGAGACGAGACCCCAACGUAUGAAGCGCUGAAGAACAUGAAGUAUCUUCGCUACACGCUCCAGGAGACUCUUCGUCUCCACCCGGCCGUGCCGAUGAAUGUCAAAGAGGCACUCAAUGACACCACGCUUCCUGGGGUGAACGGCAUGCCAGACAUUGGCGUCUGCAAGGGGGACUUCGUAUGCUACGCCCCAAUGACUCUGCACGCCCGGAGGGACCUGUACCCCAACGUUUCUGAGAAUUUCGCCGAUCCGGCACAGUUCAGUCCUGAAUGA